UUUAGCCAAUAUAUUUCUUGUUCCCAGUGGGACUGUUGUAAAAAUGGCGGCGCCUCGUCGCCCUUCUCAUCAGCAACAACAGAGCAUAUCCUCGCCAUCUCGCAGUACUUAUCUUUCCCCAACUCCUCCGGGAUCUCCUACAGUUCCCGGUGGUGGAGUAAUUUUGGCUCCAGCCGGUGCUGAACUAGACAGCGCCGGUGAUCAGGAGUUAACUCCGGCUUCCCCCGAUAUCCCCGCCCCGGCCCUGAGCAGUAGCACCAGCUCCUCUAACGUUAGUACCACCGGGGGUGGCAUUAGCGCUGGCCCCAGUCCUGACUCGGGCAGCACUAGCCCCGCGGGCGGCGACUGCGGGACAAGCGGGGCUUUCAGAGAGUUGUUUGAAGCCUGUCGCACUGGGGAUGUAUCGCGGGUGAAGAGGCUGGUGGAUACGGUUAACGUCAAUGCCAAGGACAUGGCUGGUCGAAAAUCCACUCCUCUGCACUUCGCUGCAGGAUUUGGGAGGAAGGAUGUUGUAGAGCACCUCCUUGAGACAGGCGCCAAUGUUCACGCCCGUGAUGAUGGAGGUUUGAUCCCUCUGCAUAAUGCCUGCUCCUUUGGCCACGCUGAGGUGGUCAGCCUGCUCCUCUGUCAGGGUGCUGACCCAAACGCCCGGGACAGCUGGAACUACACACCACUCCACGAGGCUGCCAUCAAGGGCAAAUUAGACGUGUGCAUCGUGCUGCUCCAGCACGGAGCUGACCCCAACAUACGCAACACUGACGGCAAGAGUGCCCUGGACCUGGCCGACCCGUCCGCCAAGGCUGUACUCACCGGUGAAUACAAGAAAGACGAACUCCUGGAGGCUGCUAGGAGUGGAAAUGAAGAGAAGCUCAUGGCCCUGCUCACUCCGUUAAACGUCAACUGCCAUGCAAGUGACGGCCGCAAGUCCACCCCUCUCCACCUGGCUGCAGGGUACAACCGGGUCAGAAUAGUCCAGCUCCUACUACAGCACGGUGCCGACGUACAUGCAAAGGACAAAGGGGGUCUGGUUCCUCUCCAUAAUGCCUGUUCCUAUGGUCACUACGAAGUGACAGAGCUGCUGCUGAAGCACGGAGCGUGUGUUAAUGCCAUGGACCUGUGGCAGUUCACCCCUCUCCACGAAGCUGCCUCGAAGAACCGCGUGGAGGUGUGUUCUCUGCUGCUGAGCCACGGGGCUGACCCCUCCCUGGUCAACUGUCACGGGAAGAGUGCUGUGGACAUGGCCCCCACCCCAGAGCUCAAAGAGAGACUCACCUAUGAGUUUAAGGGUCACUCUCUGCUCCAGGCAGCGCGGGAGGCAGACAUGGCCAAGGCCAAGAAGACCCUUGCUCUAGAGAUUAUCAACUUCAAACACCCACAGACCCACGAGACGGCACUGCACUGUUCAGUGGCCUCUCCUCACCCCAAGCGGAAGCAGGUCACAGAGCUGCUGUUACGUAAAGGUGCCAACGUCAACGAGAAGAACAAGGACUUCAUGACUCCUCUACAUGUGGCUGCUGAGAGGGCACACAAUGACAUCAUGGAGGUGUUGCAGAAACAUGGAGCAAAGAUGAAUGCACUGGACACCCUGGGGCAGACAGCCCUGCACCGUGCUGCCAUGGCAGGACAUCUCCAGACCUGCAGACUGCUGCUGAGCUACGGCGCAGACGCCUCCAUCCUCUCACUACAGGGAUUCACCGCCUCACAGAUGGGCAACGAGGCCGUGCAGCAGAUACUCAGUGAAAAUGUACCUGUGAGGAACUCUGAUGUAGACUAUCAACUCCUGGAGGCAGCUAAAGCUGGAGAUCUGGACACUGUGAAGUCAUUGUGCUCUCCACAGAAUGUGAAUUGUCGGGACCUGGAGGGUCGUCACUCCACUCCACUGCACUUCGCCGCCGGCUACAACCGUGUGGCGGUGGUGGAGUACCUGCUGCAUCAUGGGGCCGACGUCCACGCUAAAGACAAGGGAGGUCUGGUGCCCCUGCACAACGCCUGUUCUUAUGGUCACUAUGAGGUAGCUGAGUUGCUGGUGAGACAUGGGGCGUCGGUGAACGUGGCAGACCUAUGGAAGUUCACUCCUCUCCACGAGGCUGCAGCCAAGGGCAAAUACGAGAUCUGCAAGCUGCUCCUCAAGCAUGGGGCAGACCCGACCAAGAAGAACCGUGAUGGAAACACUCCUCUGGACAUGGUGAAGGAGGGGGACACGGACAUCCAGGACCUGCUGAGAGGAGACGCUGCCCUGCUGGAUGCUGCGAAGAAGGGCUGUCUGGCCCGUGUCCAGAAGCUCUGCAGCCCAGAGAACAUCAACUGUAGAGACACACAGGGACGCAACUCCACCCCCCUGCACCUUGCAGCUGGCUACAAUAACCUGGAGGUAGCAGAAUACCUGCUGGAGCAUGGAGCUGAUGUCAACGCCCAGGACAAGGGGGGUCUCAUCCCCCUCCACAACGCUGCCUCUUAUGGCCAUGUGGAUAUAGCUGCUCUCCUGAUCAAGUACAACACGUGUGUGAACGCUACAGAUAAGUGGGCCUUCACCCCGCUCCACGAGGCGGCUCAGAAAGGCCGGACCCAGCUAUGUGCUCUGCUACUGGCCCACGGAGCUGACCCUAGCAUGAAGAACCAGGAGGGACAGGCGCCACUGGACCUGGCUACGGCUGAUGACAUCAGAGCGCUGCUGAUAGAUGCCAUGCCUCCAGACGCCCUGCCCAGCUGCUUCAAGCCUCAGGCCACGGUGGUCAGCGCCUCAGUGGUCAGUACAGCGGUCAUCUCUCCAGCCUCCACGCCCUCCUGCUUGUCUGCAGCCAGCAGCAUAGACAACCUGGCCGGGUCCCUCAGCGAGCUCACUGUGGCUGGAGCCACUGGGCCUGCAGAUGGAGCCACCGGCUCCGACAGGAAGGACAAAGAGACUGUUGUAGACAUGAACAUCAGCCAGUUCCUGAAGAGCUUGGGGUUGGAGCACCUGCGUGACAUCUUCCAGAGGGAACAGAUUUCGCUGGAUGUCCUGGCUGAUAUGGGCCACGAGGAGCUGAAGGAGAUUGGGAUCAACGCCUACGGUCACCGCCACAAACUCGUCAAAGGCGUGGAGAGACUCCUGAGAGGACAGCAAGGUGCUAACCCGUACCUGACGUUCCACUGUGCCAGUCAGGGUACGGUGCUCAUAGACCUGGCCACGGACGAUAAGGAGUUCCAGUCUGUAGAAGAGGAAUUGCAAAGUACGAUCCGAGAGCACCGGGACGGGGGCAACGCAGGUGGGGUCUUCAGCAGGUACAACAUUCUAAAGAUCCAGAAGGUGGUGAAUAAGAAGUUGAGGGAGAGAUACUCACACAGACAGAAAGAGAUCGCUGAUGAAAACCACAACCAUCACAACGAACGCAUGCUCUUCCACGGUUCUCCAUUCAUCAACGCUAUCAUCCAUAAGGGCUUUGACGAGCGGCAUGCCUACAUCGGAGGCAUGUUCGGAGCAGGCAUCUAUUUUGCAGAGAACUCCUCCAAGAGUAACCAGUACGUGUACGGGAUAGGAGGGGGCACAGGCUGCCCCACUCACAAAGACCGUUCCUGCUACCUCUGCCACAGGCAGAUGUUGUUCUGCAGAGUGACCCUGGGCAAGUCCUUCCUCCAGUUCAGUGCCAUGAAGAUGGCCCACGCCCCCCCUGGACACCACUCAGUAAUCGGCCGGCCCAGCGUCAACGGACUGGCGUACGCAGAAUAUGUCAUCUACAGAGGAGAACAGGCGUACCCAGAAUACCUCAUCACGUAUCAGAUCCUGAAACCAGAGAGCACACCCUCCCCCACAGCUGGAGCAGAACAGAAGACCUAAUCCAGACUCAACCAGACUAACACACACCCACCUUUGCUGAGAGAGAACGAAUCACAGAGACUGUUACCCAAAUCACUACUUCACACAUUCUGGGCUGAGCCGGGAUGAACAUCAGCCCCUUAAAUGAACUCUACACCCCUGGAAGGAUUUCCUCCACUACGUUUUUGUUCUAUUUCACUCACUAUAAAUGACCGGUUCCUCAUAACCACCACCAUUUAUUUUCCCAAAUGUUUGGUUUUUAUUUUUUCCUUCGUCCUUCUUUAGUGUUUACUUGAAAAUGUUGCCUUCACUGGGAAUUGUCUAAUGUUGUCGCCUGUCUCAGAGCUCAUGCUCCCGGGUCUCUCGCUCAUGGUUGCCACUGGUGAUUGUUGACACUGGUUACGGCCAAAUAGAGAGAACCAAGCGGAUAAAGUUCAGGUUAGGUUAGAGAUGGGGACUCAAAGCUCAUUGGUUAGCGGUAAGGCUCAGAGAUAAGGACUCUUGCCAGUCUGCCUUUACCUGAAUGAUAGCUUCCCCAGUGAAGCAUGGCUGAGACUCCUCUACUGUACCUAUCACUCAGAUGGAUAUGUAGGUAGAAAUCAGGGUGGAUGUACUAGUAUGCAGUAUACCAGCCUCAAUCCCAGCCCUGUUUCUUCAUCAAGCCUGGCAAGGGAAGAUGUGGUACACAGACCCCAGACCCAGAUCAUGCGUGACUGAAAACAACCAAUAACCUCUCCCUUUCCGUUGCAGCACACAAAUAUCAAUUCUUUAGCUCAUCAAACAUUAUACUUCAUUUAUCCUAUUAGCUCUGUAUUAUUUUAUUGUGAUAUUUCCAUGAUUGUUUUAAAAGAUGAUGUAUAAUGGGACCAUGUCACAAUGGGGACCAGACCUGGAGGUUUUUGACCCCUUUGUUUUUUUAAAGUUGAGAUGAUAUAAGAUAUCCCUCUCUGGGACCAUUAGGGGUUCCCUCUCUGGGACCAUUAGGGGUUCCCUCUCUGGGACCAUUAGGGGUUCCCUCUCUGGGACCAGUAGGGGUUCCCUCUCUGGGACCAGUAGGGGUUUCUUUUCUGUUACUGGAACUGAUGGGAAAUCCCUAAAGGUUUCAGAUUGUGAAAUUGAGUUAUGUGAGAAAGUAAAGCAAGCUAUGAGACAUUACUAUUAUUAAUAUAACAUUACUUUGCACAAGAAAACACUGAGCAUCUGACUUUUCAUUACCAUUUCCCAUCCAGUCAAACUCAUCUUUUAAUGGAUUUGCACUUUUAAACGGGAAUGAUUUUUAAGUUAUUUGAAAAUGUAAUUGAAAAUAACGUUGAAAAAAAGAUGUCCAGUAUUGUAGUGUGUAGCAGACGAUGCCUUUGUAAAGCUCACCAUGUUGUUAACGGAUGAAGAGUGGGCUGUAUUAGUACUGUAAAUUAUUUUUUUGUUUUUUGGUGGGGAUGAAAGGGAUUUUUGUAGCUGUUUUUCCCGAUCUCUUUCAUGGUCACUUCCACAUUCAUCCCUCUACUCUGUAUCCUCUUUGAGAAGUAAACAAUAACUUGUCUUGCUUCCUACUGGUUUUGUCAAUCAUUCUCUGGGAAAUAACAGUUUGAAGCAAUGGCUGGUUUGAUUGUCACAUCCUGUAGUCUGUAUUGGAGGACACUGUCUCCCUGUGUCUCCUCACUCUCACUAGCUGGGCUCUAUCUGCAUCUGCUGGUGUGGUACUCUGCCAUCCUUGCUGUUUCAGAUACCAGCUCCAGAACUGUCUGCGCUUUGACCGGGAUGUUAACCUAUCCAUUUACUACAACCUGUGUAAGUCCCAAAUACCACCCUAUUCCCUAUAUAGUGCACUACUUUUGACGGGUUCCCUACUGGUCCUGGUCAAAAGUAAUGCACUAUAUAGGGAAUAGGGGGCUAUUUGGGACUGAACCCUGGUCUUAAAGGAAAACACCACUCAAACUAUAUUUUGGUAUUUGUUUCAUUAGUCUGCUGUUGAUAGUUUUGCAUGUCAGCAAUCAAGUUUUCAAGAUAUAGAACUUUCAAAAUACAGAAUGUGUCCCAGUAUGAAGCGACUAAUGAAACAGUACCAAAAGAUAGUUUGAGUGGAAUUUUCAUUUAAUCUCCACUCUUCUCUUCAGACCAACACCUGGAGAGAGCCUCGAUGCCUCUUACUUACUUCCUACUACAGUUCUUAUCUUGUUUUUUUCACUGUUUUAUUUAGUUUUUCUGGUGCUGAAAAGAUGCAGUAAUGAAUGAAACACUGACUAUCAUGUACCACAGCUGAUUUGGAGACUAAUGUAACACUCCUCAGUGUUGUAAAGAAGCAUUAAUAAAGUACAUAACUGUC